AUGGCGGCCAAAGAAGCAACCGUCUACAUCCUGGACCUCGGUCGUUCCAUGGGCAAAAAGAGAAAUGGCCGCGACCAGACUGAUCUUGAUUGGGCCUUGGAAUAUGUCUGGGACAAAAUCACUACCACUGUUGCAACAGGCAGAAAAAGCGCGCUGAUGAGCGUUGUUGGCUGUCGCACUGACGAGACGGAUCUCGCUGGUAUCAUAGAGGAGGAUGAGGGCUACGACCAUAUUAGGGUCUUCUCCAAAAUAAAGCAAUAUCUCCUUGGAGACAUUCGCAAUCUCCAAGAACAUCUUAAGCCUAGCAGAACCAACAAUGGAGAUCUCCUCUCUGCCCUCGCGGUAGCAAUACACAUGGUUGACACCGCAACCAGGGGUGCCAAGGGAAACCCUCUCAAAUACGACCGCAGAAUUGUCAUUGUGACUGAUGGUCGUGGGGAAAUGGUCACGGACGAUUUGGAGCAACUAACAUCAAAGAUCAAAGACCCGGAGGCUCCCUUUGAGAUCACACUGCUUGGCGUUGACUUUGACGACCCCGACGUUGGCUUCAAGGAAGAGAAGAAAGACCCUCAGAAGGCUCAAAAUGAAGACAUAUUGAAGAGUUUCAUAGAAGAUUGUGACGGUAACUUCGGUACCCUAGCCACGGCCAUUGACCAACUUCACAUACCUCGUCUCAAGGAGACACGGCCUGUCCACAGCUACAGAGGAUCGCUGACUUUGGGCGACCCUACCAGGUACGAUGCUACAAUUACCAUCGAUGUUGAACGAUAUCCAUGUACCAUGAUAGCAAAGCCACCAACAGCAAGUUCGUUCGUCAUACGGACAGACACCACUGGCUUAUCAGGUCCGGUUAUUGAAUCCUCAGCUGCUGGAACUGAUCAAGAUCAAGCAGCAACCGAUCUCUCAGCAGUGCGAAAUCAGCGCGUGUAUCAAGUGGAAAGUCAGACCGAACCCGGUGUCAAGAAGGAUGUAGAAAUGGACGAGUUGGAGCGGGGUUACGAAUACGGCAGGACGGCCGUUCACAUUUCCGAGUCCGACAUGAACGUUGUCAAACUGGAAACACAACAAGCAAUGGAGCUAGUGGGUUUUGUCAGAGCUGAGGAUUUCGAACGUUUUCUCCCUCUGAGUCGGACAAACUUCAUUGUCCCACAAAAGGCCAACCAGCCUGCUCAAUUGGGCUUGUCAUCCUUCAUACAUGCGCUCUACGAAGCUGAUUGUUACGCAGUCGCAAGGCUGGUUGCAAAGGAUCUAAAGCCCCCAGUCUUGCUACUGCUUGUCCCGCGCAUCGAGCCAGAGUGGGAGGCUCUGGUAGACGUAGAGCUUCCUUUUGAAGAAGACAUGAGGCGGUACAAAUUCCCACCGUUGGAUCGAAAACUCACAGUCAGCGGUAAAGUUAUAAUGGAACACAAGGAUCUGCCCACUAAGAAUCUCGUCGACGCAGUGAGCGACUACGUCGAUGCCAUGGACCUUUCAACCUUUGGCCGUGACGAAGAUGGGAACGAAGACGAGUACGCUAAACCAGAAGAUACAUUCUCGCCUCUUGUCCACCGCAUCAACCAAGUUAUACGAUGGCGAGCGACACAUUCCGACCCCAGCCUGCCGAUCCCUGAUCCACCGGAAAUUCUUACCAAAUACUCUAUGCCACCUGCAGAACUUGUUGCGUCGGCACAAAAGCAACUUAAUGCCGUCAAGCAAGCGGCAGACUUGAAGAAAGUACCACCAAAGGUCAAGGGCCGAGGGAAGCGCCAGCGUACCGAGCGUGAUAAGCCUCUUUCAGGUUUGGAUGUCGACCAACUCUUAGGCAAUCCCAAACGCAUCAAGAUUGAAUCUAACAAUCUGAUUCCCUCAUUCAAACAAGCUCUCUCUGCUUCCGACGACUUGGACGCUAUCCAAGACGCCGCCGAUGGCAUUGCAAAAGAAAUCCGCUCGCUCAUCAGCAACAGUGUUGGUGACAACGCAUACCAACGGGCUCUUGAGGCUAUUCGUGUCAUGCGUGAAGAGCUCACUGAGCUUGAGGAGCCGGAGAUCUACAACGCAUUCAUCAAGCAAUUGAAAGAAGAUAUUUUAGGUGGGAGGCUAAACGGUAACCGUAAGGAGAUGUGGUGGAGAAUCAGAGGCAACCGGUAUGGACUUAUCGAUUCCAAGAGGAGCUAUGUCAGUCCUGUUACAGAGGACGAGGCGAAGAGGUUCUACGAGGUCUGA